AUGCCGUGCUCCUCGAGCGGCGGCGCUGGCGGGGUGUCCUGGCCGGCGCCUCUGCGCGGCAGCAGGAUGUACUGGGUGUGGCUGCGGGGGCUGGAACUGAGUGCGGCGCGGGCCCCGCCCAAGGCCGACGGCGAGGGCUGGGUCGACCAGCCGCGCGGGCGCCGAGCCCAGCGGCAGGCGCGGGGCGCGGCCAGGGCUGCGUCGGCCAAGUCGCAGACGUCCGCCGCCAGCGGAGCGCCCUCCAGCGGCGGCGGCGCCACCGCGAUCGAGCGGCUGCAGGUGGAGGUCGAGCAGCUCGAGGAGCUCCUGGCGGCACCGCCAGACGGGGUGGACGGCUGCUUCACCGACGUCGUGGCCAGCCAGCUAGAGGCCAAGCGGAGCCAGCAGGCCCAGGCGGAGCGGGAGGCGGCCGAGCAGAAGGCUUCGGCGCCCCCGCGGUCCGCGCAGCUGCACAAGGAGGCCAACGCCAUCAGCAAGUCCGAGAAGCGGAUGCGGGCAGCCCGCAAGACCCUGGAGGAGAAGCGGGCGGCCCGCGAGCUCGCCGAGGCCCAGCUCCAGAAGGCGCAGGAGGAGUUGGCCACUCUCGAAGGCGAGGCCCUGGAGGAUGCCGCCCGCGACGACGAGGAAGCUCAGAGGCGGCAGCGGGCCUCCCAGAUGGCCACGUCCAGCCAGAUCCCAGGGCUGCUCACGCAGCUCGAGAAGUUGCCCGAGGCCUGGCGGAGCAACAACUUCGAGGUGGCGUGGGCGGCGAUCUGCGCCCGGAUGGCCGCGGUCCGUUCGCAGCUGGUGGGCCCCCCUGAGCGGCCUCGGCGCGAGCGCUGGGCGGAGAGCUGCCCCAUGGAUGAGGACCUCAUCAGCAGCGGCGACGAGGGCGACGACAAGCCUGGCGCCAGCGGCAGCGUCUGGGGGCCGCGGCCUGCAGACGCGAGCUGGCUGGCGAGGCUGCUGACCUGGCUCCUCUUGUGGCCCCUGCUGGGGCUCGCGGCGCUGGCAGCCGAGGCGGCGGGCCCCCGCCAGGGCAGCCGGGAGUGUCGCCCCGCCGCCGACGCCGCCCGCACCGGCGGCGGCAGGGCGCGGCUCCCAGCGGUGCCAGGAGAGGCAGCCGCAGCCACGCAGCAGGCCCGCGGCGGCCUGGAGGUCCUGGGGAUCAACGGCAACACGUGGCGCCGCGGCAUGGACGUCCUCGAGGCCUUCGUCAACCGAGAGGGCUCGCGGCCCCACCUGGUGAUGCUCCAGGAGACCCGCUUGGCCCCUCACCAGCUGCAGUCGGCGUGCGGCAGGGCCAAGGGCUUGGUCCAUGCGGCCUUCCUCCACGCCUCGGCGGCGACUGACAGGGAGGGGCCGCUGCCGCACUCUGGAGGAGUCGGCAUCCUGGUCCGCGACGACCUUCAAGGUGGCAAGGUGGACUGGCAGGCCCCGGGCGACCUCCGACAUCGCAUCAUCGGGGUCACGGUCGCGGCCGCCUCUGGGCUGGAGCUGCUGGCGUGCUCCCUCUACUUGCAGGACUCGCUGGGCCCCAAGGGCGCCAACCUGGACAUCUUCGCUGCCCUCGGUGACAUGGUGCUCACCACGGGGCUGCCCUGGCUGGUGCAAGGGGACUUCAACAUAGGGCCUGGCGCCCUGCACGAGUUCGGCUGGCCCAAUGUUCAGCGCGGGGCGUGCCUUGGCCCGUCGGAGACCGCGCGCAGGGCGCAACGAGCUGAGCAUGUGUACGACUGGUUUGCGAGCUCAUACUGCCUCGCCCACGGGGUCGCCGAGACAGCCGCACUGGAUGGGUACGCGCUCUUCCCCCACAAGCCAGUGCGCUUGCUGCUGCAGGACGUCAGGCCCGACGCGCUGGUGCAGGUGCUCGUCCGCCCUGGGCGCUUCCCCGACGUCGACGCCGACGACUGCUGCGCGCGCGAGGGCGCCCUGGUCCAGGUGCGCCGCCGUGUUGGGCGCGCCAGGUGGAAGGCGCUGCCCUGCAGCUGGCGUGUCCUCGAGCCCCUCAGCGCCGCGGUGAAGCGCGAGCACCGCCAUCGGCACUCGGCGCUCACGCACGGCAUCCGCCAGGCGCUGGACCUGGCGCUGCAGCGACUGAGGGCGGAGCGGGCGCAGAGGUGGCACCCCUCCCACGAGUGCUGGUACGUCCACAAGGCCGAGCGCGCGGCGCACCUCCUCGAGGAGACCACCGCCGCAGCCUGCCAGGGGGAUGAGGUCGUGACCCCCAGCUUCGGCACCAGCGAGUGGAGCGACCUUGUCAGGCAGGCGGGAGUGCACGGGCACGGCGGCGCCAUUCAGGUCCUCCAGCUGCGCCUCGCGGCCCCCCAGCGCCGCGACGGGGCCUGGCGGGCCCGGGUCAAGGAGGCGGUCCAGCGCGGGGGCAGGCUGGCCCACGGGUUCGCGAGGGCCGUGUCGCCCCCGAAGGUCGUCGACCCCGCCGCGGGCAGGCCGCUGGCGGGCGUGCUGGCCGUCGAUCAGCUGGAGGCGAACUGGCAGAAGCUGCGAUCGACUGCGGGCCUGGGAGCCGACCAGCUGCACCCGCGGCAGCUGGUGCUCCUCCCCGUGGCCUUGCAGCUGAGGUGCCUGGACAUCCUCGCCGCCUACGAGGAGCGGCCUCAAGCGCUGGGGGCGUUCGUGACCAUGAUGGUGUUCAUCGCCAAGGCCGACGCGCUGUGGGAGGCGGAGCACGACUGUCGGUUUUUCUGGGGCAAGGCGGACCGAGGCUGCGAGAAGGCGGGGUGGCUCCACAACCAGUGCGCGGCCUUCGCCCGCGAGAGCGGGUUUGACUCGGCCAGCCUCUUCCUGGACAUCACGAAGUUCUACGAGAACCUGCGGCACGACGUGCUCUGGAGCUGCGCCACCGGGCAUGGCUUCAACCUCCGCCUGCUGCGUGGGCUGCUCGUGAUGUACCAGAGCCCGAGGUUCAUCAGCUUCGUCGGCCUCGCCUCAGACGUGUUCUGCACGCAGGGCGCAGUGCUGGCGGGCUGCGCUUGCGCCACUACGGUAGCCAAGCUGCCUGUGCUUGGGGCACUUCCCGCCGCCUCGGCGAGCGGCAGGCCGCGGGCAGUGGCCCGCGACGUCGUCGACGGCAUCGCGCUGCAAUCCGUGGGCACUGAGAGGCUGGUGGCCGCCCAGCUUGGCAGCGCUGUGGCCAGGAACCUCGGCACGGACGCCAGCAUCACGAGACGAAGUGUUCACGAAGGUCGAGCCCGUGCUGCUGGAGCCCUGCAGCGCGCCAGGCGGCUUCGCUGCCUCAAGGCGGCAGGAGUGGAGGUCGACCUGAUCCACGUGACAGGGCCGACGGCCAGCAUGAUCCGGGGGCGCGCGGCGACGGGCAUCGCGGACGGGGAGCUACACAGCUGGCGGCCCACAGCGCGCCGCAGUGCUGGUCGGCUGCCUUGCGGUGCUGCCCUGGGCCUGAGGCUUCGACGCGUGGAGCUGCGGCGGCGGCGCGACCUGGGCCCGGCGGUGCUCGCUGCGGGCUGCACGGUGCAGAUGUUGGCGGCGCUGCUCCAGUCGGGAGAGCUGCCCUUGCGCAUGCUGGGGCGCGGGCUGGAGGCGGCGGCAGCCCGGCGCGCCGAGGCUGCGUCGCCGUGGGUGCACUGCGCGUCCCCCGUGGACGCCGCGGUGUUCACCUGGACCGGGACCGAAUGGCAUUUCGAGUCGGAGCGAUGCCUCGUCACGGGCCUCGAGGACAAGCUGGACCUCGCGCUCCUGGGCCCGCGCGGACUGGGGAUCGAGGCUGGGCUCGGGGCGCGGCGCGCCUCUGACCGCCAUGAGAUGCGGAAGCUCGCCCGCGAGCGAGAGCAGCGCGCGCUGAUCGCCUACAUUUCCAACGCGCACUGGACGCAGGCCAGGCUGUACGACGCCAAGUGGCGCGGCCGCGCCAGGUGCCGCUGCUGCGGGGAGGCGCGCGGCACCCUCUGGCACAGGCUCUUCGAAUGCCCCAUGCUGGCGGCCCAGCGGAGGUGCGACGACGACGGGAACCUGGUCGUGGGCGUCUACGGCACGGUGGGGCGGGACCUCUGCCCGCAGCAGACGGCCAAGGACGGCGAGGACUUUGCGGUGUGGAUGCAGCUUCACCGCCUCCUGUCUCCUGCGGGGCCGAGCCUGCGCCGCGGCGCCCAGCAGGGCCAACGCCCACCUCUGGAGCAAGACCCACGCGGCAUUCGAGCCUGGCUCCUUUGCAGUGCGGAAGGUGCCCGCGCACUGCAACCGCAGGCCGUGCUGGGCGGGCGCCUCGCGGAGGCCCAGCGGCGCGGGGACGACCGCGCCGACCGCCUCGCCAAGAUGGGAGCCACGCUGCAUGCAUUGGACAGCCAGGCCGUCGGCGAACACCAUGCGCUGGCUGAGGUGGUCCGCGAGCUCGCACGGUGGAUUGGCCGGGCCGCGGUCAUCUUGCAGGGCGUCAGCGAGAAGGACAGCGAGGGCCUUCCAGAUGCUGGUGAGCGGCGGCAGGCGCGCUUCGAGGCGCCGCCAGACUCGCAGGCCCCGCCCGCCGACCAGGAGGAGGAGGGCCCAGAGCCCAAGAGGCCGCGCCUGGAGAGCGCCCGCUCGGCCGGCAGCGCCGCGGCCCUCUCUGCUAGCGCGGCGGCCUCCAGCAUCCUCGGGCACGCCCGCAGCUACGCCUGCUGCGGCGACGGCGAGCAGACCCAGGAGCUGGCGGCGCGCGCCAAGUGCGGCGCCUACACGGUGCGGGGAGGCCGCUCGGGGGCCAAGCCGCGGCUGAAGGAGCCCUGCCUGGCCGACGAGACGGACAAGAGCGGGCGCGACCAGCGCCGCCUGUGGGAGCGCGGGCGCCGCCCAGCUGGAAGGCCGAGGUCGGCGAAGCAGCGCCAGAAGGACCUGGCCAUCCCCAGCCUCCGCGGGCAAGGGCCGGUGCCGGCGGACGCCCACGAGCGCCACCUGGAGUGGCUCGGGGUCGUGGCCGAGCAGCAGGCGGCGGGGGCGCCAGUGCUGCGAGCCCCAGCGGAGCCGCAGGACCUCCUGGCGGCCUGCGGCCUGAGCGAGGCCGAGCUGGCAGCCAGCGCUCAGGCCGCCGUCAGCGCGGUCGAGCGCAGGCGCGUGCGCCGCCGCACGGACCGCAUCGGUCAGGCUGAUCGAGUGUAG